AUGGGAAGAAUAGAUUUUUAUCUUAUUAUAUGCGAAUAUUCUAUCGUAAUAAAUUGUCUGUUUAUCUGGACUUUAAAUGACUAAUAACAAUUCUAUGCAUUAUAAUUUAAUAGAAUGAUAAAUAGUUUUGAGAUAGAAGAAUGUAUGAUUUAUGGAAUGUGGAGUAGAUAUGUACCUUUAAGUACAAUAUCAUAAACAGGUCCUGUUGGAAUUUUUGAUAGUUCCUGCUACCAUUUAAAUUCAGUAUAAGAGAAGGAAAAUAAAAGGAUUAAUUUUAUUUAUUAUGAUUGCAUUAAUAUAAAAGAAAUGAAUGUGAAAAAAAUUGUUUAAUUUAUAAGUAACGAAGGAAAAUAAUAUAAAUUUGAGAAAACAUUGGAUUCUAUGAAAUAUGAGUAUUAUUGGUAUUACUUUGCUGUUCAUCUAAUACCACAUAAAAAAUAAUUUACUUAUUAUUUGCUUUAAGGAGUGACAAUUAUAGAUAUAUAAUAAUUGCAAAUCUAAUUUCCUUAUUUAGAUGAAAAUUUGUUGAUUGUAUUUGGAGGUGGUUUAGUGAUAGAGCCUGAUGAUAUUUUAAAAGUUGAAAGUGAGAAUAAGCUUUCAUUUUUUCCUGGCCAAAUUAUUUUAUUAUCAUAUUUCAAAGGCUUUAUAGGUAAUGUUGAUUAACAAUUGAUGAUCAAUUUAUAAUAUAUGUUUGAUGAUUCAUGUCGUUGUUUAGAAAAUUCAAUCACAGAUCUUCCUGACAUCGAUAUAAAUUGGUUAGAAUAGAAAAUAUUUGCAUCUGUUAAUAAAAAUUGUGAUGCAUUUGCUUUUUAAACUUGGAUUAAAGUGUAAUAAGUAAUUUAGGAUUAAUCUGAAUUUAUGUAUUAGCUUAUUAAACUAUCCAGUAAUUUUGAGAAUCCAAAAUUAAGGGAUGAUAAUUUAUCGGCAAUGUAAAUUUAUUACAAAAUUUCCAACUAAAAUUCUUAGUUAAAAUUCACGACAUAUAAUUAUAAAUUUCCAUAUUUUAAUUUAGAUUUUUCUGAUAAUCCAUUUUUGAUAGAAGAAUUAUUUGAUAUUCCAAUAAUAAAUUUGUGGCAUUUUAUAACAGUACUUUUAAAGAAUGAUGUCAUAUAAAUAUAAAUAAAAUAUUUUGAUGAUAGGAAAUAGUAUAGAUUUGAAAGUUCCCAUGAAGCAAAGUAAUUUCAUAUGGUAUAAUAUAAAUUACAAUAUGGAAAUAUAUAAUAGUUAUCAUAGAAUUAUUUAAAAGUAAGUUUAAGAAAUUAAAAGUUAUUUAAUUGUAUUAAUUCUGAUGAAUUUAUAUUCAGAUAAUAGUGUCAUCAUAGUUGCGAAGAAUGUGAUGGUCCUACGAAUACAGAUUGUUUAUCAUGCUCAGAGAUAUCAAAACGUAUUUACAUAUAAAGUCAUAGAGCUUGUGUUUGUCCUUAUGAUACAAUUGAUGAUUAUGAUUGUAAAGAUUAUCAAAGUUUUGAUUUAUAAAUAAGUUAAGAGUAAGGAAAUAAAUGUAAUUAAGGUUAUUUUGAAAAUGGAUAGAUAUGUUUAAGAUGGUAUAAAUAUAAUUAUAAUAUAUUAUUAGUCCAUCGGUAAUUAAUGAAAAUAUUAUGACUUGUCUUGAAUGUAUAUAAAAUCCAAUAGAUUGGAUAAAGGAUCCAUAUUGUUAAACAAAUCUAUUUUUAGAUAAUAAUGGUAGUCCUAGUGAAUAUAUAAAGGAUAAGAUUAAAGUUUAUUAUGUUUUGGAUGAAAAGAAUAUAAAACCAUGUCAUCAUUAUUAAAAUAGGAAAAUAAAUACAAUUGAUGAAAUUUAUGAAGAUUAUAAAUUAAGUGAUAAGAAUUCUGCAUCAAUAUGUUCAAAUUAAAAUUAUCCAAACGAAUGUUAACCUUGUAAUUUGAAGAGUUGUGUAAUUUGUGGUUUUUUAUAGAAUAGAUAGAUAUGUUUAAAAUGUAAUGAUACAUCUAUUUUAAAUGAUGGAUAAUGCUAUGAAUAAUAGAUGGGAUUAAUAGAAUAAAACAACUGUUUGAGUCCAUAUUAUAUUACAUCAAAUAAAUAAUGCAAACUAUGUGAAAUAGAAAAUUGUUAAUAUUGUUUUGAAUAUAAAAGUAAUGAUUUAGGAAAAUGUACAUUAUAUAGUUAAUAUGAAAUUUUUCAGAUAGAUGAAUUUCAUAGAAUUGGAUGUGCACUUUGUGAAGAAGGAUUUAUUUUUGAUUUUGUUAAAGAUAAAUGCUUGUAUUAAAAACCUUUAAUAAAAGAUUGUUUAAGAUCUUUCAUAAAUUUAUAAGGUUAAGAAAUUUGUACUCUUUCUGCAAUAGAUGAUUUUAAUAUUGCGCCUGAGAUCAUUAAUUGUCAAAAAUAUAUCACAAAUUGUUAAUAAUGUUACCAAACACCUUUAUCUAUAAUUAAAUGUAUAGUAUGUGAAGAUGGUUAUUCAAGUUCAAUUACAACUGGUCAUUGUUAUAAAUGUCGAUUAUAAAAUGCUAAAUAUUGUAUUGAAGGAGAUUAUACCAAAGUUGAUUCAUGGAUGUAAUUAUUAUAAAGUUUUCUUAUGUAAUUCUUACCUAAUAAGUAUGUAUAUCCUCAACCUACUACUCUUUUCUAUAUAUCAACCCUAGCUGUUAAAUGUAUUCAAGGAUAUUAACUUAUUAUAUCUGAUUGUUUAAAAUAUUGUGAUUCAAAUUGUGCUACUUGUUCUAAAACUCUUAAGUAAGGAUUUUAAUGUUCUAAAUGUUAUUUAAAUUAUUUUAUGUAACCACUAAGAGUUAAAGAUAAUGAAAAAUGUGUAUCUUGUCCACAAUUAUGUUUAGUUUGCUAACCUAGAACUUAAGAUGAAAUAUAAGUAUAAUAUCUUAUUAUUAUAAUUAAGAAUAUCAAUCCUUAUUUCCUUAAUAAUCCUCAAUAUUUCAUUUAUACUUAGAAAUGUAUUAAACCAAUAUCUCAUCCUCAUAUAUUUGUUGAUCCUUAUAUUUAAAUUGCCAAAUAUUGUGAUAAUCAAUUAUGUCAAUCAUUCUUUCAAUAUUAAGUAUUUAUACUCUAUAAUUAGGUUGAAAAUAGUUGUGAGGGAUUAUAUAUUGCCUUUGAUUAAUUCAAUCUAGAAACGCUUUUUAAUUUCAGAUACUUAAAUGAAAUGAUGUAUUAAAAAUUUCAAUUAAUUUUACCUUUCCAAAAUAUAUGCUUAGGAAGUUAAUAUCAUAACUUUGAAAUCCCUCUUAAUAACAUUUUUAAAUCUAAUAUUUUCUCUAUAUAAAUUGUAGAAUUAAUACUUUAAGGAAAUCAUUCUCCAGCAUACUUUCAUACAUAAAUUUCAUUCAUUAAUUUUGAUUCACUCAUUAUUAAAGAUUGUACUUUUCUGUGUUUUAAAUCUGUUGAAUUUAAAUUAGAUAAUAAUGGUUAUCCAUAAAAUUUAAUUAUCACUAAUUCAGAAAUUAUAAAUUAAGAAAAUUCUUAAAAUAUUUUUAAAAUUAUCUCUAAUAAUUAUUAAAUUAUUGAUUUCACUAAUCUUAAACUUUAAUAUUUGAAUUAUUAAGAUUCAACUAUUUUUGAAUUUAUCCCUUUUGGAAAUUAAUCCUCCAUUCUUAUCAAUAAAUUUAUUAUAGAAAAUUGUACAUUUACGAAUUCAGUUCUAUUCAAAUUUAAAAAUAAUCCUCUUAUUACAGUUUAAGAACUUAUUAUAAAUAAUUCUUACUUUUUAAACUCAACUAUCGCUAAUUUUUAAUAUGAUCUUACAAUUACAUCAUAAAUUUAAUUUAAAUCUAUAAUAAUCUAUAAUUCACUAUUUCAGAGAUCAUCAAUUAUUAAAAAUGUUGACUCACUUACUCUUACUAAAUUAUAAAUAAUUUCAAAUUAAUUUUAUUUCUCUUAAAUUUUAGUAUUUAAGACUAAUUUAUUUAUUGAAGAUAUAUUAAUUUAAGACAAUCAAUUAAUUUAAUCCUAAUUAAUUUUUAAACUAUCAAGAACUUUAAUUAAAAGUAAUCUUACUAUUGAUUAAUUAAAUUAUAUAAAUAAUUCUCAUUACAACUCAUCAAUUGUUUCAACAGAUUUCUCUGUUUAAAAUGAUCUAUUAAGCAUAUCAUUUAUCAACUUUAAUCUAAAUCAAAAUUAAUUAACUUUAAUAUAAAAUUCAUCUACUUAUCUCUUUGAUAUCAAUAGUCACAAUUUAAGUAUAUUAAAUUUGUCAAUUUAUAAUUCAGAUUAUUUUAAUUACUUUAAUUUUAUCACUAUUUCAAAUAUUUGGGUUGAGAAUGCUCUUUUUUUAAAUUCCAAAAAACUUUAAAUCCCAUUAUCCUUAGAUUGUGUAGAUACUUUCAAUUUAAAUUCUUAACUAUUCUAUAUUUAAGGAUUUAAUUUAAUAGAAUUAAAAAAAAUCACAAUUUAGUAUUAUAAUAGUAUCGAUUCAUCUUUUAUUCAAAUAUUUUCAAAUGUACUCAAAACAAUGAAAGAUUAAGAAAUCAUAAUAAUUUAAGAUUUAAGAUUUUUUGGAAAUAUUUUGUUGAAAAUUAAUUUAAGAAACAUAUUUUCAUUAAUAACUAUUUAUUCUGAAAAAAAUUAAUUAAUAAAAAUGAAUAAUGUCUAAUUUGAAGAUAAUUUAUUUCAUUCUUAUAUUGAUGAUUCAUCUUAAAAUACAGCAAGUCUAAUAUUUAUAAAAUCCUAAUAGAGUUCUGUAAUGAUAUCUAAUCUAUUUUGUUAAUCAAAUUUAUUAACAAAUUCUACAAGUUCUUUUAUUUUAAUAAAUAGUAAAAUUCUUAAUAUUUCUAAUUUUUAAAUGUUUAAUCAUAAUCUAUUAAAUAUGAUAAGAUUAUAAUCCCUUUUUGAAUUUGAAUUUAAACAUAAUUUAACUUAAGAUCAAAGAAAUUAACUUUUAUCACGGAUUCUAAAGAUUCAAAAUAAAGGUGGAGUAUUAUCUUUAACUGUUGAAUAUUGUUAAAUGAUUUAUGGCAAAUUAAGUUAAAUACUUUCUUUAAAUGGUAUUUUACUAAAUAUUUAUACAUAAGGAAAAGGAGUAAUUAAACUAUAAGAUUUAGAGUUUAUUUCUAUUGAAAGUUUUGAUUUAUAAAAUUCUGAUAAUGAUGGAUGUAUAACUAUCUCUUCAUUAAACAGUUUAUUAUAACUUGAAUUAACAAAUAUUAGAUUUGAUGAUAUUUUAAAUAAGUUUGCAUCGCCAAUAUUGUAUAUCAUUCCAUCUCAAAAUACAAAUCAAAUCACGAUUAGAAAUGUUAUAGUUUUUAAUUGUUUUUCUCUAACUAAUAUUUUAAUGAAAUCUUAAUUUUCGUUAAUGAAUAUUAAGAACAAUAAAGUUGUAAUUGAGGGUAUUAAAAUUAUUUUAAAUAAAAAUAAUUUUCUUUAAUAUCUUUAGAAAUUUAAUUCUUUAGCAUCAAUUGAUAUUUAAAAAGUGUUAAAUGAUAAUGGUAUUAUAUUUUUGUAAGGAUGUAUGAUAUCUAUUAAAGAAAUCAUGUAUGAAGGUGUUUUGCUAUCAUCAUUUUUGAAAAUAACUGAUGCAUUCAAAAUUGAAAUAGAAAAAGUCUGUAUUUAAUAAAUUCAAAUGAUAUUGAAAGCAAAUAUAAUUCAUGUUGGUCAUAGUUCUUAAAAUUAAUAUAGAGUGAAGAUAUAAAAUAUGAUUUUUUCAAAUAUAAGUUAAUUUGAUGUUGAAGAAUUAUCAAAUUUAUAAAAUAUUUAUAAUAAAAUAGAAUUUUAAAAUUAAAAUUGUAACAUUAUUAAAGAAAUUAAGAUCUAAACUAUAAAAUUAGAUAAUAUUAGAUUUGAUAUAUUUUUUGAAUAAUUAACAUAAGAUUCAAAUUAAUAAGGAGCUAUAAUAUAUUUUCAAAGUUAAUCUAAUCUAAAUAAAAUAUUUUUAACUUAAAUUUCAGUCACUAAUGUAAAAAGUGAAACAUUUUUGAAUGCAAUUCUUUAUUUUGAUUUAUCUAGUUUUUAAUCUUUUUAAUUAAUCGAAUUUUAAUGUUUAUGGAAUAAAGUGAAUUCAUAUGGAUGUAUAUUAGUAAAAUCUAAUUAGAAAUCAGAAUAAGUUAUAAAAAUAAGGAAUUGUUUAUUUUAUGGAAAUAUAGGAGGAUCUGGGACAGGUAUUAAUACAUAAAAUGUAAAAUUAUUAUUGGAUAAUUCAAAAUUAAUAUAAAAUUAUGCAUCUGCUUAAGGUGGAGGUCUUAAUAUGGAAUUAGAUUACAAUGGAUUUGUUAUUAAAGAUUGUUAUAUUCAAUUAAACUAUGCAAAUGAAGCAGGUGGAGUAUAUCUUAUAGGAAAUAGCAAAUUAAAUUAAAAUAAUUUUGUUAAUUCAAUUAUAUCUUUUAAUAAAGCAAAUAGACAACCAUUUAAUUUAUAAGAAUUACCUGAUAGUUUAAUAUUAUCAAUAAAUUAAUAAGAUAUGCCAUCCAUUUAAAAAAUAAUUGAAAAUAAAUAGAUAAAUAUUUUGCACUUAGAUCCAUAUAAAAUAAUGGAAUAAGGAAAUGUUAUUUAAACUAAGGUAUUAGUAAUACCUAGUAAUUAAGUAAUAAAGAAUUAUCUUCUUUUUAAUCCAAAUGAUCAAUCAUUCUAGAAUUAUAUAGAAGAACUUUCAAUUUCUUUUAAGAAUAGUUUAAAUGAAAAACUAAUUAGUUUUAUUAAUUCGACAUGUAAAGUAGAAGAGUAAAUAUAUUAAAAUGACAAACUUGAAUUAUCUAAGAUACCAUAAAUAAUAUAAUUUAAAAUAAUAUCUGGUAAUUUUGAUUUAUCUGAAUUAUAAUUUUCAUUUGAUCCAUAUAUGGAAGGCAAAAAUAAAAAAUAAAUUUUUAUAACUUGUGAUACUAAUAAUUCAUAUUAAGAAUUAUAUUAUAGUUUAGAAGUAGCUGUUUUAAAAUGUUAACUUGGAGAAUUUUAUAUUUAAAAUAGUUGUUAAUAAUGUUCAUAGAAUUAAGGAUAUUAUUCUGUAACAUAUAAUUCAACUAAAUGUUCAAUUUUUGAUAAAAAUAAAUUUGAAAAUAUUACAUCAAAUUAAAUAUAUCUAAAAGUUGGUUAUUGGAGACCAAAUCAAUACUCAGAUGACGUUGAACAUUGUUUUAAGUAUCCUAAUAUAUGUAAAGGAGGAUGGUUUGUAGGAGAUUAAUUAUGUUAUUUAGGAUCUGUUGGAGGUUUAUGUGAAGAGUGUGAUAAAUAUAAUAUAAGAGGAGAUGGAUAUUAUUUUAAAAAUUAAUAUAAUUUAUAAUGUCAUCUAUGCAAAGAAUUAACAAAUAGUAUUCUAUUAUUUAUUAUUGCCUCAUUUUGGUAUUUUAUAUUAUAUUUACUAAAUUUAGGUCACUUAUUUCAACACUACUUACUUUAAGUAGUAUUGAUAAAUCAAAUUAAUUAUUUACAUUCUGUAAACUAAGAUAAAAAUUUUCUAAUAUCAUUUUUAAACUUAAUUAAGGUAAUCAUUUAAUGUUACUUAGAUCAUGGAAGUAUAUUAAUUAAAUUAUUUUUAAAUUACUUAUGGAUAUUUUCAUCCAUAUUCUCUUUUAAUAUUAAUUUUACAUUCUCAUUUAGUUUUAUUGAUUAAACUAGUAAUCCAUCUUAUUUCAUGGCUAACAAUUUAGAUUGUUAUUUAUCAUAAAUAAAUGAUGUAGAAUUAAUCUAUCUUAGAAUUAUUACUAUGUUUCUAUUGAUGCUUUGUUUACUUAUUUUAAUCUAUUUAGGAUUUAAGCUUCUAGCAUUUAUCUCUAAAAAACAGUUUGAUGCUAGUAUCAUAUCAAUUACUGCACUUUAUUUGUAUGUUUCCAAUUAUGCAACUUUAAUUAAACAGUAUUAAUAUGUUUAUUUUAUAUUAGAUUUUUUUCAUUAUUAGCUAAAAGAUAAAUAUCAAAUUUAGAUUAUAUUCAAGGUGAUGUAUCACUUAGAUUUGGUACAUCGAAUCAUUUUAGUUGGAUUGUCACCUUUAUUAUUCCAGGUUUAUGUUUAAUUGGAUGGUUAUUACCAUUUUCCCUUUUAUUAUUAUUGUAUGUUAAAAGACAUCAAAUAGAAUCUAUUAAAUUUAGAAAACAUUUUUGCUAUUUGUUUAAUGAAUAUAACAAUUAAAACUUUUUUUGGGAAUGGGUUAAAUUAGCUUAAAAAACUUUUGUCAUCAUUAUUUUGACCUAUUUUGAAACAAAUAUAUUUUUGAAGGCUUCCCUAUUAGGUUUAUGUUUACUUUUUUAUUAAUUAUAUGCACAGGAACAAUAACCAUUUAUUAUACAGAAUUUUAAUAAAUUAGAUGUUAAAACAGGUUAAAUCUGUUCUAUCUCAGUAUUUUUAGCUGUUAUUAAAUACAUAUCUGAAUAAUAAGAUAAUUAUAUAUUAUCCUUUAUUCUUUAAUUGAUUUUAGUUUGUCUAAGUAUCAAAUUGAGUUACCCUUUUAUCAAAAAUCUAGUUAAAUUAUAUCACAAGAAGUAUAAAAAAUAAAUCUUAAUCCUUUUAUCUAAGAUAGUUAAAAUCUUUAAAUGUACCUCAUGGAUUGAUAUCUAUUUAAGGAAUCAAUUUUUAGUUUGGAAUUAAAAAGAAUAACGACUUAAAUCUAAUUUUUAUAAAUUAAGACAACAUCUAAUAUAUGUAUCAAAAUUACAAUUAGAAUAAUAAAGGUAAAAUCAAUCAUUAAUUUAGAUCUUUAUCAUCACUGUUUUCUUCUGAUUCCUUACCUAGAUAUAGAUAAUUAAAUAAUGACUAACAUCUUUUAAAACUUAGAUAAGAUAUUAAUUGA